CCGUCCAGGCGUCCACCCGGCAGCCUCUGCGGCUGGCGUUCUGUCACCCUAGCAACCGGCCGUGAACUAGACGGCUCGGGAAGCCGCGCACGGUUCCGUCACAUCCCGCACCAAGACUGGCGCUAGUCGGCCGGGGGGGGGCGGUGCGUGUGGCACUUUAGAAAAGCCACUUACAAGAAUAUAUGGAAUUUGUAGUGAUAUCGAAACAGUUUCUGUGAAAAUUUGGCUAAUUACAGAAUUAUGGUUCGACUAACAGUGGAUCUAGUUGCUAAAAGCAUCAAUCACAAAAACCGCAAGGACGAAUCCCUGGCACAGUACCUGAGAAAGAUAACUCACCUGAACUUAUCAGAUAAAAAUAUUGAUACAAUUGAUGACCUCUCUUUGUGCAGAAAUCUUAAUGUCCUGUAUUUGUAUGAUAACCAAAUUAGACAAAUCCAUAACUUGUGCUUUGCUUCCAAUCUAACACACCUGUACCUGCAAAACAAUUGCAUUUCAUGUAUAGAGAACCUCACAUCACUGAAAAAACUUGAGAAACUGUAUCUGGGCGGCAAUUACAUCACGGUAGUAGAGGGCUUGGAAACAUUAGAAGAACUGAGAGAGCUACAUGUUGAAAGCCAGCGGCUACCUCUUGGAGAAAAGCUCUUGUUUGAUCCCAGAACUCUUCAUUCUCUGGCGAAAUCUUUGUCAGUGUUGAAUAUCAGCAAUAACAAUAUAGAUGAAUUGGGAGAAUUAGCACUUCUGGAAAAUAUUUCUCAUCUUAUAGCAGUUGACAAUCAACUUCACCAUGUGAAGGAUUUGGAGUUUGUAUUGAACAAAUGGACCAAGCUGUGCAGAAUGGAUCUUAAAGGGAAUCCUGUUUGCCGCAAACCAAAAUACAGGGACAGGCUUAUUAUACAGUCAAAAACUCUAGAAUCCCUUGAUGGGAAAGAAGUAAAAGAAAUGGAAAGACAAUUCCUAAUGAAUUGGAAAGCAUCCAAAGCCUCUAGGAAAAAAAGCAAGGAAGAGAGCGUGACAAAUGAGUAUGCAGCUUAUCCACAUUUCUAUGACUUUGGAACAGGCCAUCCCAUUGUUCCUGUUUAUUACAAUCCUUCUGAAAAAGGAAAACCAAAAUUUGUUAUUUUAUCUGAGCUACAUAGGUCUCCACAUAACAGAGAAGAACCUCUGCAAAGACCCCAGGAAGGAAGUAAUGUUAAUGUUACCAAAAGAAUCAGGAGAGCACUAAUGUCAGCCGAUCUCCAACUUGGGAGAACCAGCCCCUGUCAUAUAUGAAAUAUCUGGCAUACCUUUCAGUAGCAAAGGCUUCAGAAUCAGGUCCUUCCGGAGGUAUUAUUUUACAAAGAGUGGUGAACUGGUGAAAAGGACUGCCGCUGAGAUGGGAGUCAAGUACAGUAGUAAUGUAGUUGAAGCAAAACUUGGGUUACUAUAUGGGACUGAAUAAAUUAAAGGAACAUUAGUCAGUUUUGUGAUUGGGAUUCUCUGACAGUCCUUUCUGAAAGUCAGGAAGGAAUUUUUCACUGAUUGUUCUGAGCUUCUCUCUGAAUCAUUUUUUGUUGUAGUUUUCAAGAGACAGUUUUAGGUCCUCUGGCACAAAGAUGAGAAAACCCAAACUGGAAUAAAGUUUAAAUUAAAAAAAAAACAAAAAAAAUUUAAAUGUAGAGGACAGAGCUAGCUAGAUGAUCCUCAAAUAAUUUCAGACAUGGAAAGGAUUCAUGGCCUGCUUCUGGUCUUACAUAAUAAUGAGUCAAAUUCUGCCCUCAUUAAUUCGUUGCUUUCUGUCAGCUCUCCACCACUUCACUGAAGUAUGGCCGUAGGAGACUAGAAAAUAGGUUAGAAAUGGGAUCUUUCAUGAGACAUGUUUUUUUUAAAUAUCAAAUAACAAAACAGAAAUUAUAAACAAA